GUACAUACAGGUUGCUCUGCUGUGUGAGUUAGGGCUGAGCAGGCAGGACUCUUGCGUAGUUAGAUAAUGGCUUGCGGACUAAGGCUGAGAUGCACCUCCCUUUCCCAUACCUUCCUUUGCUGCUCGCCCCCGGGCUCUUAGUGGGUAGCAGUGGCGGACCUCUAGGAGCUGCCUGGUUCUGGAGCUUCCACUCAGCAUCACCAACCACAGCAAAGCUCGGCAAUCGGGAUGCGGAGUUGAUGCCUAGGCAUCAACUUGUCUAUUUCUUUUUUGUUUUUUAAACCAUCUUCCUUCCUCUUUUCUUUGACUUUGGUUUUUGCUUGAGCUCCUCCCAAACGCUGCCUUUACUUGUCUUGCUUAAAGUGCUUUUCCUUGUCUAACUGGUUGCAGAGAAUCGAGAUCUCCUUCAGAAUGCAAAAAUCCCACUUGUUCUGGGCCGAGUUUGUAGAAUUACAAAGUUUACACAACGACCUGGAUCCAUACAGCUUGUGGUUGGCACAAUGGAAGACUCUAGCAUUUGCAGACUAGGAGUAAAAGUAGAUUUGUUGCAUAACUCCCAAUUGAAUGAUACUCCUCAACAACAUGACUCGAAUUAUGGUAGCACAACUAACAAGAAAUCACUGGAAGAAGAUGAAAGCAGUAGCUUUAUAGCAAAGAACAGGAAUUUGCUGAGCCCAGUAUUCUGCACACAAGAAUCAAGAGAGGAAUCCCAAGGGCCAGAAGCUGGAGCAAAUUCUUCUGAUUGUCAGCAAGAUUCAGAGGGCCACAGAAAUGAAGAAAAAACCUUAGGAAAAGAAGUAUUAUUAUUAAUGCAAGCCUUAAACACACUUUCAACUCCAGAGGAGAAGCUGGCUGCUCUUUGUAAGAAAUACGCAGAUCUCCUGGAGGAGAGCAGGAACGUUCAGAAGCAAGUGAAAAUUCUGCAGAAGAAGCAAGCCCAGAUUGUGAAAGAAAAGGUACAGUUGCAGAGUGAACACAGCAAGGCCAUCUUGGCAAGAAGCAAACUUGAGUCUCUUUGCAGGGAACUUCAGCGUCACAACAAGACGUUAAAGGAAGAAAAUAUGCAGCAGGCAAGAGAAGAAGAAGAAAGACGUAAAGAAGCAACUGCACAUUUCCAGUUUACUUUGAGUGAAAUCCAGGGACAACUACAAGAACACGAUGUCCACAAUGCCAAACUCCGCCAGGAAAACAUUGAACUGGGAGAGAAACUGAAGAAGCUCAUUGAACAGUAUGCACUGAGGGAGGAGCACGUUGAUAAAGUGUUCAAACAUAAGGAACUACAACAACAGCUUGUAGAUGCCAAGCUUCAGCAAACAACACAACUCAUAAAGGAAGCUGAUGAAAAACAUCAACGAGAAAGAGACUUUCUGUUAAAAGAAGCAACAGAAUCAAGGUACAAAUGUGAAGAAAUGAAACAGCAAGAAGUGCAAUUAAGACAGCAGCUUUCUCUUUAUAUGGAUAAAUUUGAAGAAUUCCAGACCACCAUGGCAAAAAGCAAUGAACUUUUUACAACCUUCAGACAGGAAAUGGAAAAGAUGACAAGGAAAACUAAAAAACUGGAAAAAGAAGUGACAGUAUGGCGUACCAAAUGGGAAAAUAAUAAUAAAAUACUUCUUCAAAUGGCUGAAGAGAAAACUAUUUGUGAUAAAGAGUACAAGGCCUUUCAGAUAAAACUGGAACGGUUAGAGAAGCUGUGCAGAGCUCUUCAGGUGGAAAGAAAUGAGCUUAAUGAUAAGGUGGAAGUCUUGAAAGAGCAAGUAUCCGUAAAAGCAGCAGAUUUAGAUUUGACAACACCUGUGAUACAGCCCUGCACUGCUUUUGAGGCUCAGAAAGCAUUGACCGCCCCAUCUAAAAGAGCCCCAGGAGGCAACCUGGACGCUGAGUCUAAAGGAACAAGUGACCAAAAUGCAGCUCAGAAUACCCUUUCCACAUAAUCUCUUGUGGAUAUUAAUUUAGUUGACUAAGUUCAAGUGUGAUCACUAUAUUGAGAACUCUAUUUUGUGUAUAACUUUUCUGAAGUAGUUACUGUUCCUUUUGUGAUGAAAAUUUUCAUACUUUUUCUACCAUAUCUGUAUUUUCUUAGCUAUUGGACCAGAUGGUACAGGGGGCUGCUUAGCAGUCUUGUGUUGUUUUACUGUAUGCAUUUUCCAUGGCUGUAUUUUACACUUGCUUUAUUUUUCCUUCAUUGCAAUGCAUGUGUUCAUUGCCUUGUUAUUUUAAUGUAUCUGCUUGUCUGCUCAGUUUCUGUUUCUUAUUCUUGCAUAUGAUUAGCAGAAUUAAAUUGAGACUUGGUCUCAUAAUGGCUCCUCCAUGUAAAAACAAAACAAAUUUAAACUGUAGUUCUUUACUAUAAAAGAGAAAAUAUAAAGCUGAUUAGUUUUGUCUAGUAGCUCAUUUAAAUGACAAGUUAAGUAUGGGAUAUAAAGAAAGCACAGCAGGAGUUCCCCUCAUGGUUCAGUGGUUAACAAAUCCAUGAGGUUGCACGUUUGAUCCCUGGCAUCGCUCACUGGGUUAAGCUGGGUUAAGCUCAGCAUUGCCGUGAGUGCUGGUGUAGGUUGCAGACACAGCUUGGAUCGAUCCUGUGGCUGUGGCUCUGGUGUAGGCUGGUGGCUACAGCUCCGAUUUGACCCCUAGCCUGGGAACCUCCAUAUGCUGAGGGAGUGGCCCUAGAAAAGACAAAAAGACUAAAAAAAGAAAAAAAAAAUUAAAUAAAAAGUAAAGAAAACACAGCAUAUUUGAUUCAGAUUAGUUUUUGAUAAUAUUUUCAUCACUUGACAAACUGACAUAACUGCCAAGUUUUGACUCCCUCAAAAGUUGCGAUGGUAUAUGUAUGUAUAUGAAGAUGUCAUUUGUAAAGAAAGCAUUAUAUGCAGACAAGUCAUUGGUCUAGUAGGCUGAAUAUUUAUAUGACUAAAGCUAUUUGUAUUGCUUUAGUUUCAGGUUGGAACUGAUGUUUGAAUAUUAAAAAGUGGUAUUUAGAUCUCUACAUUUGGAAUGGGGAAAUUUCUGAAAUUUGAUUUUUGUUACUUUCCUUUGUUAGUUCAGUGUCUAAAAGCUGAAUAAUCGUUAUAUGUCCCUGUAGUGUUUAUGAUCUAAAAUGACUUGGAAAUUGAAUUACCUAAUACAAAAGAGAGCCCACAUUAUAUGAUCCUCAUAAACUUCCACUUCUAUCACUGACCUUGAUGAUCAAGAAUCCAAACAUUGGAGGGAAAAGAACAUACAUGAAGUUUGACUGAUUACACUGCCAGAACUAGCAAAAUCAACCAAAACCCCAACAACUUUUUUUAUAAGUAUUUCUUUUAGUUACUAAAUGAAAUAGUGGGCCCUCUUCCAAGGAGAAAUAAAGAUGUCAGAAAUAAGAAUUUGCCUUAAAAUUGUGAUCAUAUUUCACCAGAACCCUCCUGCAGUUAAACUCUUAACAUUUGUGAAAGUGGUUCUGUGACCCACUGCACUUCUUGUGGCUCUUGUUUGAUGUAGAAAGUAAAUCUUGGGCCGAAAGUGAACUGGAUGGCAGCAUUUAGUUACCCUUUUGGGUGUACCUGGUAUAGUAGAUAUUGUGUUAAGUGAUAUAGAUACUCAAAUAUCUGGAUUCUGUUUGGGAUGAAGUUGGUUUUCCUUCAGAAUUUUUUCUCUGGCUAAUUGUUAUUAUCUGACCCUUGUUUCUCAACCCUGUUUUCAAGACACUUUGGUGCACCAGGAGAAAGUUUAAAUGUUGUAAUGAGUUAAACUGUGCUUGUUGCACCAUGUUGUGGAUCUUCUAGAAUUAUAAAAUCCAUAGUGUCAGGCUAUAUCCAUGAUAUAGAAAAAAACGAGGAUAUAGGGUAACCUACCAUUUUAUUUUCAGAUGGGUAGGAAGAUAUUUUGUGAUUACAAGACCAGUAUUUUUUACUUACUAAUGAAACUACCUUAUUUGAGUUGGUUAGUUCAUUUCUCAGGUUUAUAGAAAUAUCUACCUCUUUCAAACUAUAAAUGAUGUAGUGCUAAAUACACUGCUUUAUUUUUACAGCUCACGUGUUUUUCUGAAGAUAAAUACAUUAAGGUGGCAGUCAUAUUUUGCUUUUCAAAGACAUUUUGUAGAUUUUUCAUAAAUGUGAAUCUUAUAUUAUCUACUCUUGUUAUGGUUGAGUAAAUGAAUAAUAAGUAAUUUAAUAGUCUCUGUUUAUUCUUUACACUUAAUGGACUUGCUAAGCGAUAAAUCAGGUUCAAAAAAUUGUAAGAGGUGGAUUUCUCAGGACUUGGGAACAUACGUAAUUACUGCACAGUAUAAAUAAAAAGGAUAUGAAAGAGACCACCCCCUGAUUGGUUGGCAGAAGUCAUUUUAUUCAGCCAGAGUUUAGUUAGCAUUAUUUAUUUAUUUUUAUUUUUAUUUUAAAAUAGGUGUUCUGGAAAAUGUCUAUAGUGUAACUUCUCCCGAGGCUUUAAAAAACUGCAAGGACUAUGAAUUUCUCUAUUCUUAGGUGACUUAGAAAAGGAUACUUUGUAUAUGGAAUUUCUGGGUCUUUUCAUUAAAUUGGUUGUUGAUAAGCAAAAGUUCAUUUAAGCAAACCUUAUAUUUUUGUUGAACAACCUGAUGCAUCUAGUUAAGUACCGGUUCAUCCAGUUAAGGCAUUAACAAUAGAGUAGAGAGCAAGAAUAAUGUUGUGGAAAAUCCAAGAAUCAGCUUCUCUAUUGAAACGAUAAACAAUUACAAACUUUUUACAUUGAAGAAUAUUUUCUAGAAAAUGAAAAGGUAAUUAUAAAAUGAGAGAAAACAUUUCUAAAUCAUAUGUCUCAAGAGGAUAUACUAAGCAGUAUAUAUGAGAGCAUUCUUACAACUCAACAACAAAAAGACAACAAUAAAAAUAUGGGAAAAUCAAGAGGUAUUUCAUGAAUUUCAUUUGCAUAUCCUGAAAUGAUAUCUUCAUUUUCUGUACCUAACUUAUUGUAUACCUUCUUUCGAGACAUGUCUAUUAAGACAUAUAGAACAUUCUAUCCAAGAGCAGCAGGGUGCACAUUUUUCUGAAGAGCACGUGGCACAUUUUUGAGACAAUAUGUUAAGCAACAAAACAGUCUUCUUUGCAAAUACAAGACUAAGGUAAUACCAAAGAUCUUCUUUAAGACAUAGCACAAUGAUAUGAUAGUAUAAAUCUGUAAUAAGAGGAAACUGGACAAACCAGGAACACAUAGAAAUUAAACAAUCCUCUGCCCCCAAGACCAAUGGUUCAAAAAUGAAAUUAAAAGGAAAAUUUUAAAGUUUCUAGAGACAAGCAGAACUGUAAAACAACAUACCAGAACUUAUGGGAUGCAGCAAAAGCAGUUCUAAUUGGGAGGUUCUUGGUAAAACAUGCCAUAAUGCUUUUUGUUUGUUUGUUUUUUGUUUUUUUUUGGGGGGGGGAUUGCCUUAAGAAGCAAGAAAAAAUAGAAUUAACUAUCUUUAUGCCUUAAGGAACUAGGAAAAAAACAAAUUGAGCCCAAAGUCAGCAAAAGGAAGGACAUAAUAAAGAUUAAAACAAAAUGCAACACGGCAGAAAAACCAAACUGAGUUUCUUCUUUGAAAAGGUAAAUCGAAUUGACACAUCAUUUGUUAGCUAGACUGACCAAGAAAAAAAAAGAGGACUGAAAUUAACAAAAUUAUACAUGGAAAUGAAACAUAAUUUAUAUCAUAGAAAUACAAAGGAUCACAAUAGGCUACUGUGAACAACUUUAAACUAAGAAAAUGAACAGUUUAGGAAAAAAUGGAAUAAUUCUUAGAAACAUACCACUUAGACUGAAUCAGGAUGAAACAGAAACUCUGAAGAGACAGAGAUGAAAUUAGUAAUAAAAUUUUCCCAAUGAAGAAAAGUCCAGGAUCAAAUGUCUUUGAUGGUGGAAUUUUAUCAAAUAUUUAAAGAAAAUUUACCACUAAAUGUAUCUGAAAAUCUUCUAAAACUUUGAAGAGGAAGGAAUACUCCCAUACUCAUUUGACAGUGCCAGACUUGGCCUAGUAAGAAAGCUAAUAGAAAAGUAUAGAGCGUAUCCCUGGUGAAUAUAGAUGCAAAAAUUCUCAGCAAACUAGUAAAUCAAAUUCACCAGCACCUUGAAAUGAUCAUUACCAUGAUCAAGUGGAUCCUUGUAUCCACAUGACUCAAUCAAUGUGAUAGAUUUUUAACAGGGUAAGAGAAAAGGUUUUAUCAUUUAAUAGAUACAGAAAGGGCAUUUGAUAAAAUUCAUGAUUUCUUACAAAAGCCUCAACAAAUCAGAGACAAAAAAAAACACCUCAGCCUAAUAAAUGUCAUACAGGACAAAUGAACAUCUAGCAUCAUUCAAUGGUGAAAGGCUGGAAAAUCCUCAAAUAUUAGAAACAAGUCAAAAAUGCCCAUUCUCACCACAUCCAUUCAGCAGUGUUGGAAGUCCUGACCAUAGCAAUCAGGCAAGAAACAGAAAUUAAAAAUAUCAUAAUUGGAAGCAAGGAGUAAAACAGUAAUUGCAAGGGACAAGGGUUUACAUACAGAAAUCUUAAUGAUUCAACCAGAAAAAAAAAAAAACCUGAUAAUCAUAAUUUUGUAGAGUUUAGCGGUAAAAA